AUGCAAAACGUGGUGACAAUCUGGGCCACAGUGUGGCACUACAUGCAGUGGCUGUUUGAGACGCACGGCUGGAAGUUUCUGGGCGUCACGCUUCUCUUCUUUUUGGGGCGUCAACGCUACAGCAAAUUCGCCGCUAGCCGGCACCACCAACGGACUCUUGCAGCCGCCAACGACCCGGCGCGAGUUGCAGUGCUCCAGCGAGAAACCGCACGCGUGCGUUCAAAGCAACAGGACCUCCACACCAAGAUCAGCAAAGUGAAGGUGGAGAAAACAGCGUAG